AUCUAUCUUGUUCAGGAGUCUUCAAAUCAGGAUGAUUCAACUGUUAGAAGAUUUUGUAAAUCCCUCAUUUUUGGCUGGGCUGUCAUGUGGUAUAAUUUCAUCUGCACUGAUUUACAGAUUGCUAGCCAAUGAUGAUACAACCAUUUUGCCAAAAAAUGAACAUGGUGAGUUGAGUUAUGGAGAUUCUAUUAACAGAAAUGAACAAACAUACAAACUACUCCUGGUUGUUCGAACUGACCUGAAAAUGGGGAAAGGGAAAAUUGCUGCCCAGUGUUCCCAUGCUGCAGUGGCUGCUUAUAAGCAAAUUCUGCAUAAAGAUCCAGAGAUGUUAAAAGGGUGGGAAAACGUUGGCCAACCCAAAGUUGUGGUAAAGGUUUAUUCAGAAGAAGAGCUACUGUCCCUAGAAACAAUCUCAAGAAGUAAAGGUCUGUUAACAUCUGUUGUAAGAGAUGCAGGAAGAACCCAAAUAGCUCCAGGGUCAAAGACUGUUUUAGCCAUUGGACCAGCAACCACAGAGGCUAUUGAUGAAGUUACUUGUCAUCUUAAACUUCUCUAAACAAUGUUUAACAGACUUGAGCUGAACAUGCUUCAUUGAUUUUUAAAUAAAGAAUAUUUCAUAAGACAGUACCCAUUAAGGUAUAAAAA